CUAUUCUCUCUGACCAGUAUUACUCGUUACCAAAGUCAGAAACCUGUUUUUCUUCGCCUAGAAUCUUACUUUCAUGCCCUAGAAAAAUCUUGAACAAUGAGCUGCAAUGGCUGUCGAGUUCUUCGAAAGGGAUGCAGCGAGGAUUGUGUUCUUAGACAAGGCAUAGGUUGGAUAAAUAAUCCCCAAGCUCAAGCUAAUGCCACCGUCUUUGUUGCCAAGUUCUUUGGCCGUGCCGGCCUCAUGUCCUUCAUGUCCUCCGUGCCCCAAAGCCAACGUCCGUCAUUGUUUCAAUCGCUUUUGUUUGAGGCCGUGGGGAGAGCGGUGAACCCAGUAAGUGGAGCAGUAGGGCUUCUCUGGACAGGAAACUGGCAUGUAUGCCAGAAGGCGGUGAUGGCAGUGCUUCGACGCGGCACAGUAGAACCACUGCCAGAAUUGGAGGGCGGAGUCUCGGGACCAGAAUUCGAUAGUGUUUCAGAAAGUGGUGGUUUUAGGCCGCCGAUAGAUCAUGUCGGUUCAGGAUCACAAAAAUUGAAGAGAAAGAGGAAUGAUGAUGGAGCCAAAUACGGACAGACGACUGAUCUUGAUCUUCGCUUGAUGUACCAGGGAUCAGAGUCGCCAUCAGAAGAGUCUGAAACCACGACAUUGGAGAGUAGUUUAGGGGAUAAUUGCAGAUUCCACGAGGGAGGUGAACGAAAGCUUUUGAGACUGUUUGUUUAACAAGCUAUAGGAGCAGCUGAACCAUAAUUACUAUUAUAAUUACUAUUUAAUUACCUGCAAAACGAUGAUUCUGCCAGAGAAACAUAUGAACAGUUACUCAUGCACUACAGUUGAGGCAUUCCUGUAUGAUGUGAUCAAUCUUUCCACAUGAGCGAUUGCCCAAUUCAUACUUUUCCUUUUUAACUCUAAUUUCUUCUCCAGGGCUUCCAGGUUACACGAACUCGAGGGUUCCUGGAGAUUUUCCGAAUAGCAAAAGUAUCAUUUCCCACUUGAUUUUUUCUAGAGAGGGGUUAGCAUGAGUUGUUGAUAGCAUAUAAUUAUGAGUUUUCUUACAACCUUGACAUGCAGUGAUUGAUUAAGAUUUGAUCAGACGAGGCAUAUAUGAUU